AUGACAUUCACCAAACAGCUUAAUAAUGAAAUGAAUCCUCUAGAGCUAUAUCAAUUAGCUGAGUCUUUAGGUAGCGAUGUAGAACAAGCAGGAAGUUACUUAUAUCUAAUUGGAUUUUCAAUGCAGCUAUUUAUUGACUGUUUUUUUGGAACAUUUCUCUACCAUCAAGCAAGUCUCUUGCCAGAUGCAAUAUUUCAUAGCAACUGGAGGACUUUGGAUGAUGAAGAAUUAAAAAAAGAUUUUGUAUUUUUGUUACAAAAUUCUCAAAGAAUACCACAGUUUAAUGCAUAUAAUGUCUAUGAUAUGCAUAUGAUGUCCUUUAUUAAGGGUAUGUAUAAAGUUGUUAUUUUAUGGUACAAGUCAGAUGAACUUAAGUCUGUAUUCCAUAUAAUAUUAACAGACUUUUGGCCAUAUGAUUUAAUUAAUUUAGAAAGCAAAAGAAAGAUUAAAGAUAUGUACCGAUUAAUGAAUGGAUUGGUAUGGUGGUUCUUUUGUGCUGGCUUUCUGUAUGCUUCAAUGUUCUUAAUACCGUCAUUGUUUUCCAAUAGAGGACUCCCAUACGUCGUUUCAUAUCCCUUUGACUGGACAGUUAGUCCCUGGUAUGAAAUUAUUUACUGUAUACAGGCAUUUGCUCAUGGAAUAACUAUAUCAUUUAUUGGUACUGGAGCCAACUUUUUGGUUCUUGGUACACUAUUGAAUAUAAGCAGUCAGUACUGUAUUCUUCAAGAAUGCUUCGAAAUCUUUAAUACUCCUGAAAUGUAUGCUACUAACAAGAAAUUAAGAAAAAUUACGAGUGAUGGUUUAGAGAAUAAAUAUACUGACGAAAGAAAGGAAUAUUUUGUUAGGUGUGUUAGACACCAUCAACUUAUUUUAAGAUUUACUAAACAGCUUAACAAUGCAAUGAAUCCUCUAGAGCUAUAUCAGUUAGCUGAAUCUUUAGGUAGUGUUGCAGAACAAGCAGCAAGUCUCUUGCCAGAUGCUAUAUUUCAUAGUAACUGGAGGACCUUGGAAGAUGAAGAAUUAAGAAAAGAUUUUGUAUUUUUAUUACAAAAUUCGCAAAGAAUACCACAGUUUAAUGCUUAUAACGUCUAUGACAUGCAUAUGGUGUCGUUUAUUAAGGGUAUGUAUAAAAUUUUCAUUUUAUGGUACAAGUCUGAUGAAUUUAAGUCUGUAUUCCAUAUAAUAUUAAAUGACUUUUGGCCAUAUGAUUUAAUUAAUUUAGAAAGCAAAAGAAACGUUAAAAAUAUGUACCGCUUAAUGAAUGGAUUGGCAAGCCUCUUGCCAGAUGCUAUAUUUCAUAGUAACUGGAGGACUUUGGAGGAUGAGGAAUUAAGAAAAGAUUUUGUAUUUUUAUUACAAAAUUCUCAAAGAAUACCACAGUUUAAUGCGUAUAAUGUCUACGAUAUGCAUAUGAUGUCCUUUAUUAAGGUUAUAAAAGUAGCUUUCUCAUUUUAUACGAUGUUAUCAAAACUAAAAUAG